AUGACCCAUGUCGGUUCCCACAGUCACAGCCUCUCCUCCCUCCCUCGAGGUCGAGCCGCGAUCGGCAAAAAGCUCAACCUUAGUAGCCAUAGCCGCGUGGCGACUCAAUGCCACGUGGCUCGAUUACCCGUACAUGCCAGCUCAUCUGCCAGCUCAGCAGCGACCGUGUCCACGUCUGCCACAUCAGCAGCCCCCAUGGCGCUAGACCCGUCGUACGGGAGUAAGGAGGUGAUUAAAGUCGACUCGCGCGUCUACCAAUACAUCCUGGAACACACCCGAGAACCCGAGAUUCUAGCCGAGCUGAGGAGGAAAACCGCCACCAUGAUAGGCAAAGAGAUGCAGGUGUCCCCAGAGCAGGGGGCGUUCCUGGCCAUGCUGGUGCGCCUCAUGGGAGCAAGGCGCUGCAUUGAGCUGGGCGUUUACACGGGCUACUCCUCCCUCUCAGUCGCCCUCGCUCUCCCCGCAGACGGUCUUCUAGUGGCGUGUGAGAGGGUGCCGCACACGUUUGCAGUGGCCCAGCGGUUCUACGAGAAGGCAGGCGUGAAGCACAAGGUAGACCCGCGGUUAGGCCCGGCACAGGACACGCUGCAGCAGCUGCUGGAGGAAGGGCAGGCAGGCAGCUUUGACUUUGCUUUUCUGGAUGCGGACAAGCGCAUGUACCGAGAAUACUACGAGCUGCUUCUCACUCUUUUGAGGCCGGGAGGACUUCUGGUGGUUGACAACGUGCUGUGGCAUGGCCAGCUGGCUGAUCCUCAGGUGACUGACCGCAAGACGGAAUACCUCAGGGCCUUCAACAAAUUCAUUCGUGAUGAUCCUCGCAUCCAUCAUAGCAUU